AUGGGAAAAGACAAGAAAAGAAAACGCGAUAUGAUCAACGAGUUGAGCGAGCGGCUAAUGGAGCUCGAGAAACGUAUGAGGCGGAGACAUUCGGGCGCUCCCCCCGGCGAAGAAGGCACACCUUCUGCUAAUAAUGCUAUAAGCAUCCAUGAUGGAUUGUCCAGGCGCUGGACUACAAUAAUUCAAAAUGGUCUCAAGGAAGACACAAAAAUACAAAUUAUAAAGAAAUAUGACACUCCCAAAAAUCUACCGUUAUUGAUUCCACCCAAGCUUAAUGAAGAAGUAGUGGCUGCCAUGAAUGAUAGUGGUAUCAAGAGGGAUAGGAGAAUUGCUGAACAGCAAGUUGUGUUGGGUGCAGCAGUGACAUGCAUUGCAAAGGUGCUGAAUAAUAUAAUUUGUCUGGACAACAAGGAAAACAUUGAAAUCCUAAGUGACUCUGGUAGACUACUUUGUGAUUUGUAUUACAAUAACUGUAUGACAAGGAGAUCUUUGAUUCUUCCGGGACUUAAUAAGGAGAUGAAAGAGUUAAUGGAGAAAACACCAAUUUCAGAGUAUUUAUUUGGUGAUAAGCUUCAGGAAAAAGUGAAUGCCGUUAAAGCUGUAAAAAAGUCCGGACAAGAAUUAAAAAACACACCAACUCAGGCAAAACCACCUAUGAAACCGAAUCAAAAAAACUACAGGGGCCCACAACGGCUGCAGGCAGCUCGUCCCAGUGGGCCGAAACAAACAAAGAAGAUAAGGCAUGUGGCGAAACCAACAGUUCGGGCGAAGCGGUCGCCCCCGAGGCACUAUCAUUCCCGGCGCCAGAAUCGCCGGUAGAUCAGGUACAAACAGGUAGAUUAAAACUAUUUUUAAAAAACUGGAAUAGCAUCACUACAAACAAAACCAUACAUACAUGGAUCAAAGGAUACUCUUUGCCUUUUGUAAGUACUCCUGUACAAGAUGCUAUUCCACAAAAUAUGUUCAGCCAAGAAGAAAAUAAGCUUAUUUCCAUAGAAAUAAAUAAGUUGUUAAAGUUGGGUGCUAUAGUGGAAUGUUCACAUUCCGAUGGACAGUUUCUGUCUAGUAUAUUCUUACACCCCAAGUCAGAUGGUACUUGGAGAUUUAUCUUAAAUCUCAAAAAACUUAAUAAUUUUAUUGCUACUAGACACUUCAAACUUGAAGACAUUAGAACUGCGACUAAACUUAUGACCUCAGGGUGUUUUAUGGCCACAAUAGACC